GCCGGCGCAAGGAGGCCGCGUGGGAAGGCGGGGCGACUCUGGCGGGGCCGAGGCGGGCAGCGAGGCGGCCGCCGAGCCAGGCUGAGAGGGGCCGAAGGAAGGCGACUGCGGCUGACGGCUGGAGGAAGAUGAGUGAGUCUUUGGUGGUUUGUGAUGUUGCUGAAGAUUUAGUGGAAAAGCUGAGAAAGUUUCGUUUUCGCAAAGAAACAAACAAUGCUGCUAUUAUAAUGAAGAUUGACAAGGAUAAACGCCUGGUGGUACUGGAUGAGGAGCUGGAGGGCAUUUCACCAGACGAACUUAAAGAUGAACUACCUGAACGACAACCUCGCUUCAUUGUGUAUAGUUAUAAAUACCAACAUGAUGAUGGAAGAGUUUCAUAUCCUCUGUGUUUUAUUUUCUCCAGUCCUGUUGGAUGUAAGCCUGAACAACAGAUGAUGUAUGCUGGGAGUAAGAAUAAGCUAGUUCAAACAGCUGAACUAACCAAGGUCUUUGAAAUAAGGAAUACUGAAGAUCUAACUGAAGAAUGGUUACGUGAGAAACUUGGAUUUUUCACUAACGUGAACUUCUGUGUUUCUAAAGUGUUUAUGUAUUAACCUGACCAUACUGGAAGCAGACAUAAAUACUUAUUUAUGCCUAAAAAUGCACUGUUACUUACAGCUUGUUUCCUGCAGUAAAGAAAAAUUCUUCAUUUGUGCAAAGUUUGAACAAAGAGGAAAUCAUCUUCAUAGUAAUGAAACUUCGUAAAGUGUUUCCUUAUAUUUGUAAUUGUUAGGUGGACUACUUUUCUCCAGGGACUUUUUGCACUCUUGUGACUAAUUUCUAUAACUUAUGGUUCAGAAUUUGUUACUAUUUACAGACACCAUUGGAAAGUGGGUAUUAGAUUAUGAGAGACAACAGUUGCCUCCUUUUGACAAAUACUGGAUAUUAGCAGUUUAUGUAUGAAAAUAGCAUAUUAUCACUUGUCAUCACUGAAAUUAAUUUGGGGUCAAAGACUCUAGCAGCCUAAUAUUGAGCCAUGAAUAAUUUACUGGAGCGUAUCCCACAUUACAUAUACACUUUUCAUCAAUUCCGUAUCUUUGAUUUCCUGUAUCUUUUUAAUCAAGUUUAGAAAACCAUGUUCAAUCACUCAAUCUUAAAGUCUGGGAAUUAGAUUUUAUGAAAGAAUUAUGACUGUUAGCUUUUCUUCUUAUGGAAAAUACCAUUUUAGCCCUAGAAAUUGGUGGGUUGUAAUAAUGAAGGGCUUCAUUCCUAUUGUGUCAUUUCUAGAUAGUUUUAAUCUAGGUUAAUAACACUUGGCUUAUAAAGCAUUUCUUAAUGUCCAGUGAACACUAAUUAUUUUAAAUGUGUUAAUGCUGUGCCUUUGAUUUGUUAACUUUAGUUAUUUUAAGACUUUUACACUGCCAGUAUUCCAGAUUUUGUGAAAUUAAUACUUUUUUAAAGGGUCCAAGUAAAACAAUUUUCUAAUGUGUGUAUCUGAAAUUUGUAUAAAAUCAAGUUCAUAUUUAAAAAAUUCCAA